AGCUGGUGGGAGGUGGGCGGGCGAUCGGAGGCGAGGAACCGGAUCGAAGGUUAGGGAUUCGAAGGCAGUUCGGGGCUGGGACUGAGCGGUAUCAUCCAGUCAAAUCAUGGGUCCGACCGAGCACUGGGAAGAAUGGUUCCUGAGCCAUCGGGUACUCCCCGCUGGGGUGUUUGGUGUGGCCUCCCUUGCCCGAGUCGCCCUGGUUUUCUACGGGGUCUUUCAGGACCGGACCUUGCGCGUAAGGUACACAGACAUCGACUACCACGUUUUCACGGACGCCGCGCGUUUCGUCACGGAGGGACGCUCGCCUUAUCUGAGGGCGACCUACCGAUACACGCCACUGCUUGCUUGGCUCCUCAUUCCCAACAUCUACUUCGGCGACCUCUUUGGAAAGUUUCUCUUCAUCAGCUGUGACCUCCUCACGGCUUUCCUCUUAUACCGCCUGCUGCUGCUGAAGGGGUUGGGCCGCCGCCACGCCUGCGGUUACUGUGUCUUUUGGCUUCUUAAUCCCUUGCCUAUGGUGGUAUCCAGCCGAGGCAAUGCGGACUCGAUCGUCGCCUCCCUGGUGCUUAUGGCCCUGUACCUAAUAGAAAAAAGACUUGUCGCGUGUGCCGCUGUAUUCUAUGGUUUUGCAGUGCAUAUGAAGAUGUAUCCGGUGACAUAUAUCCUUCCCAUAGCCCUCCACUUGCUUCCCGAACGCGACGACAGAAGCCUCUGCCAAUCCCGGUAUUCCUUCCAGGCUCGUUUUCACGAAUUCCUGAAGAGGUUGUGUGAUCGGGAUGUGGUGCUCUAUGUAGUAGUUGCUGGACUCACAUUUUUUGCCCUGAGUUUCGGUUUUUAUUAUAAAUAUGGUUGGGAAUUUUUGGAGCACACCUACCUUUAUCACCUGACUAGGAGAGAUAUACGCCACAACUUUUCUCCGUACUUCUACAUGCUGUAUUUGACCGCAGAGAGCAAGUGGAGUUUUUCCCUGGGAAUUGCUGCAUUCCUACCACAGUUCAUCUUGCUUUCAGCAGUGUCUUUCGUAUAUCACAGAGAUCUUGUCUUUUGUUGUUUUCUUCAUACGUCCAUUUUUGUGACUUUUAACAAAGUCUACACCUCCCAGUACUUUCUUUGGUACCUCUGUCUACUGCCCCUUGUGAUGCCACUAGUGAGAAUGCCUUGGAAAAGAGCUGUAGUUCUCCUAAUGCUGUGGUUUUUAGGGCAGGCCUUAUGGCUGGCUCCUGCAUAUCUUCUUGAGUUUCAAGGAAAGAACACCUUUUUGUUUAUAUGGUUAGCUGGUUUGUUCUUCCUUCUUAUCAACUGUUCCAUCCUAAUUCAAAUUAUUUCCCAUUACAAGGAGAAACCCCUGACAGAAAGACUCAAAUAUGACUAAUAUUUGCUCCAGUUCUGCCAUUUCUACUACAUUAUGAUUGUUCUGAAUGGACCAGGAGAGAGCUUUGGAAAAUUUUGAACAUCCUAAGCACUCUAGUGAAUGUUCAGUUUGGAGGAUAAUACCCUGAUUCCACAAAUUAAAACGAAUGUCUGCCUUAUGUAUAAAGGAGACUCAGUAUUAAGGUCCACCCUUUAGGAAAAUGGAGGUAUGUUUGGAAGGGUUGAUGAAACUAUUGGAUAUUAAAAUGUUUUUGUAGAAAAAUACAGAAAUAUAGUUAGAGACAUAAGGUCUGAGUAUUUCUUCUGGUUAUACUAUGUUACUGUCUGAAGCAGUCUUAUCUUUAAACCCCCCUUUCUCAAGUUUUCCUGAUAGCUGUGGAAACUCUCAAAAUGUUCCUAAAGCACAGCUUUUAUAUAUAAAGUGUUAAGUAAUGCUACUGUAUGUGUUUAGGUUAGGAAAAUUAGUUCUGUAUUAAUAGUGGAGGCUUAGAAGAUAAAGAAUUCAAAGCAAUUAAAUUGUAAUCAUGUUUUAUGUAUUUGUUUUAUACUUAGUUUUUCAGCACGUAGUCCCAGUGGUAUUAGAUUACCAUUUUUGGUCUUAUACAAAAGGGAUUAAAUUUAAAUUUAUCCAUUUUUAAACUUGAGUUAUUACAUAUUUUAAAAUAGCAUCUUGCUUUUGAUGUUUGAGGUCUGCAAACAGAACAUUUUAGUGUUCUGUUAUACCUCUUUAAUUCUGAUUUUUAAAAAUAUCUUUCAUCUACAAUUUAAGUUAAUCAAGUGUUAUCUGUUGUAAAAAUGAAUAUUAAUAUAUUUUAGGUGAUAAAAACUCAAAUUGUAAGUAUGGCAUUUCCCAGCUUAAAAGUACCCCGCUUAUGAAAAUACCCAUGAUAGAAAUGGAGACCUGCAUGAGAGGCUCCUGGAAAGCAUAUGAAGCAUCCUAAGUAUCCAUUAGUCUUUUAGACCAGGAAAUACAGGGAGAGAUUAUGAAAACGAGACUCUGUAGAUCCAUUUCCCUUAUUACUAUAAUAUUUCUGAGAAAAAAUGCUUUCUGAGUUUAAACCAAGCACUCUAAAAAAAUUUUUUUUAACAUAGCCCAUUAGGUUGGGGAUUUCCUAACACUAACCUGCAAUAGUAAUAUAUGGGUUUAAUUUUAUGAUUGUGAUUUUAAAAGAUGAAUAAUUUAACAACAUGCUCUUCCAUGGUAAAACAAAUGAAUAAACAUCCUCCAAAGAAGUAGUAUAUUUCAUGUCAGGUCAGGCCUAAAAAAGCCUUUGAGAACAAGCUGUGUCUACAUGGUCAUAAUUAAGAAUGCUAUUACUGGCAGCAUUUUGAUGGACAUGUUCUUGGGACCUGCCAUUAGAAAAAAGGGAAGAAUAAAUGGCUUUACAUGGGUUGCUGUUUUUGUGAAAAUAGCAGAGACAAUUGAGGACACUGACCUUGUAAUAUCUAAUCUUCUAUCCUGCAUUAAGUAUUAUCUCUCAGGCUCUUAGUUUAUAACUGUUCACUAGUGGCCUUUCAGCCAUGCCAUUCUCUUUCAUUUUUUUUUAAUAGAAAUUAAAAAAAUUUUUGGUAGGAAUAUGGGUGGGUAAAUAGAGUUCUUACAUCCCUAUGUAAUUGUCAUUUUGGUAUUCUUGACUUCUUGAAUAUUUUUUAAAAUAGUCAUAAGUAUAUUCAUUAAUUUUUUUUUAACUUCAGCAUUUUUUGUUGUGGCUUUUACUCUUCAUACUUAUAUUGAAAUUACAAGGAAGUUUACCUUGUAAGUGCGUCAUACUUCUGUUAGAUCUUUAGGAUUGCUUUUAAUUUUUAAUAUUCUAAAUAAGACUUGAAACAUGUUUCAUGUUUUAGAUCAUUCUCUUGACAUUCUUAGAAGUCAAGAGUGAGUGGAAGUCAAGAAGCCAGUGGAGUUCUGUUAGGGUGUUUGGAGGGAACUUCAAUUCCACUUCCUUCCCUGCCAGAAAUUCUCUACCGAAGCACUAUAGGUGUUUCUUAAAAGGUGCAAAGUUUAUAUGCUGCAAAGCUUAUAUGGUGCAAAAAAUGUAGUAAAUUAACUCGAGAUUAUUUUAUUUGGUUUCUUGGGUUUUUUAAUUUUUGUUUUCUGGUUCUGUAAAAUCUUUUUUUUUGUCUUUUACUUGCAAUUUUUUUGUUUCUUUAUUGGUCUUCAAUUACACCUAAAAUUGUAUAGCACUUUGGUUUUUUUCCUACAUAAUUCUUUUUGUUUUUAUACCACCCCUGAGGAUAAGUGUAUUCAUUUACAGAUAAGCAUUAAUUAUUAUCAUAUGAGAUUGAUUCUCAAGAUAGUCUGUGUUCAAAGCAGAGGUAACUAUGUAACUUAUUCCAUAGUUGCCUUAAUGUCUUCCAGAUGUGAUCCCUCAAUAUACCUAGAUAAAUUCCUUGGAUUAGGUCCAUUGGAAAGGCAGUACUACUCCCUAACCCCACACAAAUAAAUUUCUUUAUUAAAAUCAUAGAUUUUAGUUAAUAAUGACUCCUAACCAUCUGGCUGAAUGACUAUAAGUGACAUAACAUUGUUUUAAAAGUCUUGUAGGACUUGUCUUUUACUUAAUUGACUUUAGCUUAGUAUGGGAUAUAUUGUUAUUUCCCCAUCAGCUUUUUCUGCAUUGCCACCCACAUUUCAACCAUCUGUAUGAUGAGUGAAAAAAGGAAAAGAUGGAAAAUUGCACCUGGGACAGUACCUAAAUGCAACUACCUCCUGCCUUCUAUACUUUUUUAUGAACAAUUUUUUGGGGGUUUUAUUUAUUUUUAGAUAAGGAAAGGGAGGGAGAAAGAGAAGGAGAGAAACAUCAGUAUGUGGUUGCCUUUCCAUUAUGCCCUACUGGAGACAUUGCCUGCAACCUAGGCAUGUGCCCUGACUGGGAAUGGAACUAUCAACCUCCACAGGUCAGCACUCUAUCCAUUGAACCACACCAGCCAGGGCAAUUAUGAACAAUUUUAAACAUUACUUAUAUACCUACCACCUAAGUUCAACAAUUAAUUUUUUGUCGUAUUUCCUUUAUGUACAUAUUUUAUUUAUUUAUAUAUUUUUCUGAAUUGUGAAGUUGCAGACCUCAUUGAAUUUCACCACUAAAUACAUUAGUAUGCAUUUAGGCACUGUCCCAGGUGAAAUUCUCCCAUCUAGGAGUAGAAAUAUUUUCUUAACAAAUCUAUAAUAUUAUUUAAUAUAACUUAACACCCUGUCCAUUUUCAAAUUUCUCCAGUUUUGUGUUUAACCUUAACAGAUAUUCUUGGACCUCAAAGAUUCCCUGAGAGGAAACAAGGUAGAUAAUACAUAAUUAAGAAGUUUGGAUCUUUCCUUGGUCUUUAAAACAGUGAAAGGGAUUUACCUUCCCUUAAAGGUGAACAAAUAAUUCUUUUGUGCAAGUCUUUCUGUCUCCUUCCUAAGAAAACAUAGGGUAGCAAUCCUCUCUAAGAAGUUCUCCAGAUAAAAGAUUAUUUGGUUUGGUUUCCUGGUAUCUGUCCUCAUCCCCACCACCUGCCCAACAACUGAUUAACUGAUUUUACAUCUUGAUGGUGAGUUCUGGCAUUUCAUAAUUAACUGAUUUGGGGUACCUAUUCAGCCAUAUGUGGUUUCUUAUAACUUUUACAGCAACACCUUAGAGUUGGUCUUCACACUCUUAACUCCCCAUUUUACAGAAGAACAAAGAGGCUCAAAGAUUAAGUGACUACUAAUAAGUGACAGGGCUGGAAUUUGAUAUGAAUUUUCACUGACUAAAUGUUAUACUCCACUGUAUUAUGUUUUGGAUUUUUCUAAAGUGCCCAGACAAGAUUGCUGCAAAAUAAAUAGAACUCAACACACCCUAAUAAAUGUCUUGCCAAUCAA